UGGGUAGAGGUGGCUAGCCCCGGCCGCGGCUCCCAGACGGGCUCUCUGAGUCCCUCUCCGAGAGCCGGGCGGGCACGCGUCAUUGUGUUACCUGCGACCGGCCCGCGAGCUGGGUUCGGGUUGUUUUUUUUUUUUUCCUCCCCUCCCUCCCUCCCUCCUCUCUAAGCAGCUGAUCUGAAAGGGAAUAAAAGGCUGCGCAUAAUCAUAAUAAUAAAAGAAGGGGAGCUCGAGAGAAGGAAAGAAAGCCGGGAGGUGGAAGAGGAGGGGGAGCGCCUCAAAGAAGCGAUCAGAAUAAUAAAAGGAGGCCGGGCUCUUUGCCUUCUGGAACGGGCCGCUCUUGAAAGGGCUUUUGAAAAGUGGUGUUGUUUUCCAGUCGUGCAUGCUCCAAUCGGCGGAGUAUAUUAGAGCCGGGACGCGGCGGCCGCAGGGGCAGCGGCGACGGCAGCACCGGCGGCAGCACCAGCGGCAGCACCAGCGCGAGCAGCAGCGGCGGCGGCGGCGGCGUCCCGAGUGCCCGCGGCGCGCGGUGCAGCGAUGCGGUCCCCACGGACGCGCGGCCGGCCCGGGCGCCCCCUGAGCCUCCUGCUCGCCCUGCUCUGCGCCCUACGAGCCAAGGUGUGCGGGGCCUCCGGCCAGUUCGAGUUGGAGAUCCUUUCCAUGCAGAACGUGAACGGGGAGCUGCAAAACGGGAACUGCUGCGGCGGCGCCCGGAACCCGGGGGACCGCAAGUGCUCCCGCGACGAGUGUGACACGUACUUCAAAGUGUGCCUCAAGGAGUACCAGUCGCGCGUCACGGCCGGGGGGCCCUGCAGCUUUGGCUCGGGGUCCACGCCUGUCAUCGGGGGCAACACCUUCAACCUCAAGGCCAGUCGCGGCAACGAACGCAACCGCAUCGUGCUGCCUUUCAGUUUUGCCUGGCCGAGGUCCUACACUUUGCUUGUGGAGGCGUGGGAUUCCAGCAAUGACACUGUCCAACCCGACAGCAUCAUUGAAAAGGCUUCUCACUCAGGCAUGAUCAACCCCAGCCGGCAGUGGCAGACGCUGAAGCAGAACACGGGGGUUGCCCACUUUGAGUAUCAGAUCCGUGUGACCUGUGACGACUAUUACUAUGGCUUCGGCUGCAAUAAGUUCUGCCGACCCAGAGACGACUUCUUUGGCCACUAUGCCUGUGACCAGAAUGGCAACAAAACGUGCAUGGAAGGCUGGAUGGGCCCUGAAUGUAACAAAGCUAUUUGCCGGCAGGGCUGCAGCCCCAAGCAUGGGUCUUGCAAACUCCCAGGUGACUGCAGGUGCCAGUAUGGCUGGCAGGGCCUGUACUGUGACAAGUGCAUCCCACACCCAGGGUGCGUCCACGGCACCUGUAACGAGCCCUGGCAGUGCCUCUGUGAGACCAACUGGGGUGGCCAGCUCUGCGACAAAGAUCUCAACUACUGCGGGACCCACCAGCCGUGUCUCAACGGGGGAACUUGUAGCAACACGGGGCCUGACAAAUAUCAGUGUUCAUGCCCCGAGGGGUACUCAGGACCCAACUGUGAAAUUGCGGAACACGCCUGCCUCUCUGAUCCCUGCCACAACAGAGGCAGCUGCAAGGAGACCUCCCUGGGGUUUGAGUGUGAGUGUUCUCCGGGCUGGACCGGCCCCACGUGCUCCACAAACAUUGAUGACUGUUCUCCAAAUAACUGUUCCCACGGGGGCACCUGCCAGGACUUGGUUAACGGAUUUAAGUGCGUGUGCCCGCCCCAGUGGACGGGCAAAACGUGCCAGUUAGAUGCAAAUGAAUGCGAGGCCAAACCUUGUGUAAAUGCCAAAUCCUGUAAGAAUCUGAUUGCCAGCUACUACUGUGAUUGCCUCCCGGGCUGGAUGGGUCAGAAUUGUGACAUAAAUAUUAAUGACUGCCUCGGCCAAUGUCAGAAUGACGCCUCCUGUCGGGAUUUGGUUAAUGGUUAUCGCUGUAUCUGUCCACCUGGCUAUGCAGGCGAUCACUGUGAGACAGACAUCGAUGAGUGUGCCAGCAACCCCUGUCUCAACGGGGGUCACUGUCAGAACGAAAUCAACAGAUUCCAGUGUCUGUGUCCCACUGGUUUCUCUGGAAACCUCUGUCAGCUGGACAUCGAUUAUUGCGAGCCCAAUCCCUGCCAGAACGGUGCCCAGUGCUACAACCGUGCCAGCGACUAUUUCUGCAAGUGUCCCGAGGACUAUGAAGGCAAGAACUGCUCCCACCUUAAAGACCACUGCCGCACCACCCCCUGUGAAGUGAUUGACAGCUGCACGGUGGCCAUGGCCUCCAAUGACACGCCUGAAGGGGUGCGCUACAUUUCCUCCAACGUCUGCGGUCCCCACGGGAAAUGCAAGAGUCAGUCGGGAGGCAAAUUCACCUGUGACUGUAACAAAGGCUUCACUGGAACGUACUGCCAUGAAAAUAUUAACGACUGUGAGAGCAACCCCUGUAAAAAUGGUGGCACUUGCAUCGAUGGUGUCAACUCCUACAAGUGUAUCUGCAGUGGUGGCUGGGAGGGCGCCUACUGUGAGACCAAUAUUAACGACUGCAGCCAGAACCCCUGCCACAACGGGGGCUCGUGUCGCGACCUGGUCAACGACUUUUACUGCGACUGUAAAAACGGGUGGAAAGGCAAGACCUGCCACUCACGUGACAGCCAGUGUGACGAGGCUACGUGCAACAAUGGUGGCACCUGCUAUGACGAGGGGGACGCUUUCAAGUGCAUGUGUCCCGGAGGCUGGGAAGGAACGACCUGUAACAUAGCCCGAAACAGUAGCUGCCUGCCUAACCCCUGCCACAAUGGGGGCACCUGUGUGGUCAAUGGCGAGUCCUUCACGUGUGUCUGCAAAGAAGGCUGGGAGGGGCCCAUCUGUACGCAGAAUACCAAUGACUGCAGUCCUCAUCCCUGUUACAACAGUGGCACGUGCGUGGAUGGAGAGAACUGGUACCGCUGUGAGUGCGCCCCCGGCUUCGCCGGGCCCGACUGCAGGAUAAACAUCAACGAAUGCCAGUCUUCACCUUGUGCCUUCGGGGCAACCUGUGUGGAUGAGAUCAAUGGGUACCGGUGUGUCUGCCCCCCAGGGCACAGUGGUGCUAAAUGCCAGGAAGUUUCAGGGAGAUCUUGCGUCACCGUGGGGAGCGUGAUACCUGAUGGGGCCAAGUGGGACGAUGACUGCAACACCUGCCAGUGCCUGGACGGGAGGAUCGCCUGCUCGAAGGUGUGGUGUGGCCCCCGCCCUUGUUCGCUGCACAAAGGGCACAGCGAGUGCCCCAGCGGGCAGAGCUGCAUCCCCAUCCUGGACGCCCAGUGUUUCGUGCGCCCCUGCACUGGUGUGGGUGAGUGCCGGUCCUCCAGCCUCCAGCCCGUGAAGACCAAGUGUGCCUCCGACCCCUACUACCAGGACAACUGUGCCAACAUCACGUUCACCUUCAACAAGGAGAUGAUGUCGCCGGGUCUCACCACAGAGCAUAUUUGCAGUGAAUUGCGGAAUUUGAAUAUUCUGAAGAAUGUUUCUGCUGAAUAUUCAAUCUACAUAGCUUGCGAGCCUUCCCCUUCUGCAAACAAUGAAAUACACGUGGCCAUUUCUGCUGAAGACAUCCGGGAUGAUGGAAACCCAAUCAAGGAAAUCACCGACAAAAUUAUAGAUCUUGUUAGUAAACGUGAAGGGAACAGCUCACUGAUUGCCGCCGUUGCGGAAGUGAGAGUUCAGAGGCGUCCUCUGAAGAACAGAACAGAUUUCCUGGUGCCCCUGCUGAGCUCGGUCCUGACCGUGGCCUGGGUCUGCUGCCUGGUGACCGCCUUCUACUGGUGCGUGCGCAAGCGGCGGAAGCCCGGCAGCCACGCGCGCUCGGCCUCUGAGGAGAGCACCACCAACAACGUACGGGAGCAGCUGAACCAGAUCAAGAACCCCAUUGAGAAGCACGGGGCCAACACGGUCCCCAUCAAGGACUACGAGAACAAGAACUCCAAAAUGUCCAAAAUAAGGACACACAACUCGGAGGUGGAAGAGGACGACAUGGACAAGCACCAGCAGAAAGCCCGCUUCGCCAGGCAGGCCACGUACACGCUGGUUGACAGAGAGGAGAAGUCCCCCCACGGCACGCCGGCCAAACACCCGAACUGGACAAACAAACAGGACAACAGAGACCUGGAGAGCGCGCAGAGCCUGAACCGCAUGGAGUACAUCGUAUAGCAGACGGUGGGCGGAGUCUGAGGGCGCCCGGGUUCCUGAAGCUUCUCCAGAUGUCUGUCCUGUCGUGUUCCGGUCCCAGGCUGUCCUU